AGUAAAAGAGUAAACACACUGUUAUAACACACUGGCAGCUUAUCAGAUGUUAUGCAUGCAACUGUCCAUGGUGUCUGCAAAACCGUCUACAAGAAAAGGUCACAGAAGAAAGGAUCUACCUUUCUGAACUGUUACACAGAAAGCUGCGAUGCGUUUCUGAUCUGAAUGGAUGAUAAAAAUGAAGAUUGAUCAAUUUAAAGUCGUUGGCGUCUUGUGCUUUGCUUUCGUCACUAUAGGAGGACAAAGUUUCGAAAGUAAAGUGGCACAGUUACUCCAGGACGAAGCGGACGAUAUCAAAUGUUUUGUGGAGGGCAAGAAAGAUCUGACUUGCUUUUGGGAGGAUCAACAGGAAAAUAAUGAUUCGCACAGUCAAUAUACAUUCACCUAUUUAUAUGAGCAUGAUAAGAGCAGAAUUUGUGUCGUUUCAUCGCUGGUUUUACUGGCCAGCAACAAAACGGUGUACUUCUGCAAACUCCCUCAAAUCCUGUUCUUCACGCUCCUUGACGUUCAGGUGCUUCAUGACGGCCAGAUGCUUUACAACCGUAGCCUGAACGUUGAGAACGUCUUGCUUCUCGAUCCCCCCAGAAACCUCACAGUGGUGAGCUCAGGAAAAGAAGGGCAGUUAAAUGUGAGCUGGUUGCCUCCACCUCUCAAAUACAUGGAUGACAGUAUGAUAUACGAGGUCAGAUACGCAGUGGAGGGAAGUCACAUGGGCAAGGUGGAUGAGAUAAAAGCCAGCACAAUGCUGAUCCUGCGUGGAUUACAGCCCGGCACCAAGUACAAGGUGUGGGUCCGCGUCAAACCCGAUGGCGUCUCCUACAAAGGUUACUGGAGCGCCUGGACUGAACCUGUGUUUGAAACAACACCACAAAGUGACAUGGAUCCGUUGAUCGUGUUACUGGUUUUGUUUAUUGCAUUGAUUCUGUUCAUACUCUCAGUGACUGUGAUACUGUCCCACCACAAGUUUCUUCUGAAGAAAGUGUGGCCUGAGAUCCCGACUCCAGAGCACAAAUUUCGAGGUCUCUUCACUGUCUACGAAGGAGAUUUUAAGGAAUGGAUGUACCAAAAUAACGGGAGUAUGUGGGGAAGAUCUGUUCAUGUCUACACAGAGGAACUUCCUUCACCUCUGGAGGUUCUGUCAGAGAUCUCAUUGGCCAGCCAUCCGACUUCCUUAAGAGACGAAAGAAAAACUACGGAGGAUGAUGAGGAAAAGAUGGAAAGCGAUGGUACUGACUCUGGACUAACAGGUAGCUGGCAGGAACCCCCUCACAGCCAUUGGUUUAUGGAUCAGUUGAGGGCACUUCAGGGAAACCCAUCCCUUUCCCAGUCAUUGUUACUGGAGUCACACGACACAUACGUCACUCUUAACCAUCACUCCCAGCAUGCCCAAAUAGAAGGCGAAAGCCGGUUGGGCGAUGUCUUUGAGGAGUCUUUACCUCUGCAGACGCUCUUCACCAAUGAGGGAACGUCAUCUUUGAGCGCCUCACAUUCAGACAUCGGCUCUCUUCCGCAGAGCUCGGGUUCGGGCAGACUGUCUUCGCAAUCCAGCUUCGAGUAUCCUAACCACACGUGGCCGCCCAAAGGGCCGGGUUACGCCUACAUGGCGAAUGCAGACUCUGGCGUUUCCAUGGACUAUAGCCCGAUGAGCUCGAGCAGGAUAGAGGAACUUGGGAAACGGGCGAUCUACACCAAUGAAUACAAAAACGAGAUUUUUAGCCACAAGUGGCCGAUCUCCGGUCAACGCAUUGAAUCUGGAUACUGACACUACACUUUCAGAUCAGGAUUUCUGUUGGAGACAUGACGUUUGGGGCACACAUGAAAACACUAGGAUCUUUGAAAUGGUAAAACAUAAUCCAUCAGAUAAAAUAAGCUAGUUGUGUUAUGGCAGCUGUUUUUUAUUUUUAUAAUAUUUUUAAUCUCUUAGUCUUUUAAUCGGUGGCACUUUCCACAAAUAGGUUUUCGAAAUCAGGUAUUCGAUUACAGCUAUAAAUCCCAAUUUUUGGAACUUAUGAUCUGUCUUAGAUUAUGUAUUAUGAAACAUAACAUUAAAUGUUACGUAAAAAAUACAUCAAAUAUCUGUACAAUUUUGUUACAGUUAGCAAACCCUCAUAUAAAUAAAUAAAUA